GCUUUUGGUCCAAGAAAAACAAUCGAACCCUCCAGCCUGACCGGCUGACCCCCACCCAUCGACCCGACGCCGCGCCGCAUCCCUCUUCUGCGCCCUUUCCUCUCUGUCGGCGGCGAAGAGGUUUUCUCCAAUCCGGCGAGGGGAGAGGAGCUUGUCAGUGAAUUCGGUCCCUCCAACCAGACGAGAAGAUGCCGCGGAUCCCUCUGAUCAAGUUCCCCAAGCGGAAUCUCAAAGCCCCAUCUCCAUCCACACCAGCAUCGCAGCCCGCGGAUCAGCACGCGACCCUCAUGUCCCGCUUGGGGGCUAAAGUAGAGGCACCAUCUUCUGGAGAGAUUAAAAAUUACCGUUUCAGAUCUGAUGUGCCAUCCCCACCUUCUCAUACUGCUGUUGGAGGUCCAGCUUCACUCCUUCCUAAGCGUAAACCCCUGACUGAAGAAGAGAUUGAGGCUAUCAUGCUAGGUGGCUCCAUCUGAUAUGGCCUCAAAUGGAUUGGAAAUUUUAGGAGGCAUCAAUAAGAUCAUAUACCCAAACUUGCCUUGACUGUAAGGGGUGUUAUUCAAGCCAUGUUGAUAUGGAAUUUGUUUUUUUUUGUUUCUCUGUCUGGGAGUCAGCUGCUGUGUCAUUCGUUUCUAAUAUUCUUCGGUCUUCACAUGUGACUUGACCAAAUCGUGAGCAGCCAUGUUGAUAUGGAGUUCGGUUUUUGUUUCUC